CAAACAGGUUGAACAUCGGCGAGGAGGAGAAGAAGAAGAAGGAGGACAAGAGGAGGAGAAGAAGAGGAGGUCUGAGCGUGAAGUGCACUCGGAUUUACACUUCAAACUGGACAUAUCAGCUCUGCCUUUAUCCACCUAGACACAUUUAAUAACAUACAAUAGAAAAGACAAGAAAAAAGUGGCGGGUGAUUUCCGCUGAUGGAGGAUGACGAGGAGGAUACCCCUUUACAGAUUACAUCCAAUCAGACCGAGAUCGCAGACACCAGACGAGGGAACAUGCCGCUGAUUCAGACGACGCCACGCUUCCGGAACUCGGGCUCCGUCCCAAACGCAGUCAGUCCGCUCCACCGUUCCCUCCACGGAGCCGUGGGUUUGGGGUUCCUGUCUACACCGUCGGGAUCCGCAGAUGAUUCGCAAGCGCUUCUUCACAAUUUAAUCUUCCGCGUCCCGUCUGCGUCAGAGGAAUCGGGAGAAGAAGAACCGCAGGAUGAAGGGAAAGGGGAAGAGAGGGAAGACGAUAGGACGAACGUGGAAGUGCAGAUCGGACGGAGGCUGCGUGAGAUCGGAGAUGAUUUUCAGCAGGAGCACAUGCAGCUGUUCCUGCAGUAUCGGAGGAACCGGCAGGCGAUUUGGUGGCAUUUAGCAACGACGCUUUUCGACUUCCUGUUUCCGAGGGAGUUCAUCGGACACUGAGGAAGUCAAAGUCAGCUUUGAAUCCUCCUCCUCUGGGUCCUAGUGUCUGCCCUUGGGUUCCCAUAAACAGGCCUUUUGAAGUGAACUUGGAAAACGGACAGGACGUGAGAACGAGUGCGAGUCGCCGCUGGACGGAGACGGUGUCCCCGCUACUACUCACAAAGAAGCCAUCUUUAAAAUGGAGCUAGUUUUAUGUUGUUUUUUUUUUGUUUUGUUGUUGUUUUUUUUUUUAGUAGCUUAUUUUAAUUUUGCUUAUUAGUCUGCGAAUGCCUUACAGUGGAUUGAGUUAAGAAGCAAAAAAACAAAACAAAAAAUGCUUCAGAGAUCGAAGGACUUCAGGAAAGUUCCAGAAAUUUAGAAAAUAUGAAGGAACAGCCUCAAAAAACUCAACGACAAACCUUUUUUUAAAUUUUUUUAUUUUUUAAAAACUUCUUACUGGUUGUUUUUUUUUGUUUGUUUUUUAAAAACAACAACUUUUUUACCGUCUUUGAGACAGCUUUUCAGCACAAGUUUUAUUGAACAGUUCAUUUUUUUGAACAAAAAACAAAAGUCUCUUUGGAAUGAAAACAUCAUCAAUGCACGUCUAUCGCCUUAAAAUCAAUUUUUAACAUCUGAGCCUUUAAGAUCCUCAGGGCUGAGAGACAUUUUCACUAUCGUAAUUAUUCUCAAGAUUUUAUACUCGCUUUACCGAGACGUUUUGUCUCGGAACUUUUUCUCAGUCUGAGCUGGAUGAUUUUUUAACCGCGACUUUUAUCGCUUACUGAAAUUUUCUUUGUGAAAUAUCAGAAAUUCUGUCCAUUUUUAAUUACAAAAAAACUUAAACCUGUGAGUUUUUAACUAGGCCCCAAGUUCAUAAAAUUGAAAUCAGAAAUUUAAGGACAUUACAAAUUUGUGAAUAUGUUUACUGUCAGGUUUACAAGUAUAAUUUUACCUCCAAAACGUUUUUACUUCAUCACUUUUUUAGAAUAAUAAAUGUUGUUAUAAAAAAAUGUAACUACAGAAUUUUUGUAUGAAGCACAAAUUCGCUUUUUUCAGAAACUCAGAUUUGAAAUCCGGACUGUAAAUCAUUAUUAUAAAAUGAUUCCAAAUUUGGAACUAAUUCAGCGCCGUAAAAGUAAUACUGUCGCAUGUCCAAUCAACAAUCGGAAAUGAGCUUAAAAUCGGAUUUUGAAUAUUUCCUCUGAUGUACAAUCCUGCAGUUCUGAUGAGAAACUUGGUUAAAGUUUGAAGAGCUGCGUUUAUGUAUAAAAACUCCACUGCUGUUAAACGGGUUGUAAAAAAACUGUCAGUUGGUUUAGUUUUUUUUUUUUUUUUAAUUGAAAGAUUUAAAAGAAAUAAUCUAAUGAAAUGUAAAAUAUGGGAGAAUAAAUAAGAGAAAAUGCACUAAUUUACGUAAAGUUUUCUCUGAAGCCAUUAAUGAAUGAAUUAUGGUGCAUUUUUUUUUUUUUAUUGCUCUUCCCAAAACCUUAUAAAGGCCCUUUUUCAUCAAAGCUGAGAACAUAGAUGUCUUCUUAUAAUUAUUUGUAAAUUAUAUGAAAAUAAAAUAAAUAAAUAACCUUAAAGUC